CGUGCAGGGGUGACAUUUUUGUAGCGCGUAGAGCAUGGGAGGAAGAAGGAUGACUGCGGCUGAUAAGACCACCCAGGCCAGAGUCAUUGCAGUUGUCUUCGUGACUCUAAGUGAAGGUCAUGGUCACGGACAUGGUCACGGUCAUGGUCACGGACAUGGUCACGGUCAUGGACACGGUCAUGGACACGGACAUGGUCACGGUCAUGGACACGGACAUGGACACGGACAUGGUCACGGACAUGGACACGGACACGGACAUGGUCACGGUCACGGGCACGGUCAUGGUCACGGUCAUGGACAUGGUCACGGACAUGGGCAUGGGCAUGGGCAUGGGCAUGGUCACGGCCACCACGGUUGAAACAAAGAAAAGGCUUUCAAGCUAUAUAAAGCGUGACGUUUUGGCCACAGCUACAUUGGGGAACUAAGGGAAAUAUUUUGAAAUAAAUUAUUAC